GUUUCAAUUCUAGUUUUUCUUGUUCAACAAUAUUUUUAAAUAUCCAACAAGCUAAAAAUCAAUUAAUUUUAUAUAGCUUGUCGGAUGUUUAAAAAUAUUGUAGUGCAAAAAAAUUAAAUUUGAAACCACUCGAUUAUAUUUUAUUCAAUUUUGAAGAAUGAGUACUCCAAGACUCCACUGAAUGAGGACUCCAAGGAACUUAACUAAAAGUUUUGUUUAUAAUUAUAGUGUUUAAUCAUCUGUUCUGUAGGUAUUGGGGUUUGGCUGGGCAGGAAUUUUUCGCAAGUUUCUGGUUGAGCCAGCUGCCAUGUGGUGGCCAAUGACUCUGGUUCAGGUCUCACUGUUCAGGGCUCUACAUGAGAAGGACAAGAGGCCUAAAGGCGGAGUAACCCGAACUCAGUUCUUCCUGAUAUGCUUAAUCAGUAGUUUUGCUUACUUCAUCUUUCCUGGAUAUCUUUUUAAAUUGUUGACCACAGUUUCUUGGGUAUGUUGGCUGGCCCCCAAGUCGGUACUUGUGCAACAGUUGGGUUCAGGUGGUAACGGCCUGGGAAUUGGCUCCCUUGGAUUCGACUGGUCAACCAUCUCCUCAUUCUUAGGUAGCCCUUUAGUAAGCCCAUGGUUUGCCACUGCAAAUAUUGCUGUUGGAUUUUUAUUUUUAAUGUAUGUGAUGACACCAAUAAGUUACUGGUGGGCUAAUGCCUAUCAUGCCAAGAACUUCCCAAUUUAUUCUCAGGAUCUUUUUGAAUUAGAUGGUUCGAGUUAUAAUAUCUCUUCAAUUAUAACUAGCAACUUUCAUCUUGACAAAACAUCGUAUUCCAAAUCCGGGCCUCUAUAUCUGAGCACUUUCUUUGCUAUGACCUAUGGUCUUGGAUUUGCUGCACUUCCCGCGACCCUUGUUCAUGUGUUCUUGUUUAAUGGAAGUGAACUUUUGAGACAGACCAAGGAAGCCUUUUUUGGUCAAAUUGAAAAAUUAGAUAUCCACGCAAAGCUUAUGAAAGCUUACAAACAAGUUCCUAUGUGGUGGUUCUACAUUAUCCUUGUGGUGAACAUUGUAGUUAUCAUCUUUGCUUGUGAGUAUUAUAACUAUGAGCUCCAAUUACGCUGGUGGGGCGUCUUGCUUGCUUGUGCCAUUUCCUUCUUGUAUACCCUUCCGAUUGGUGUCAUAAUGGCAACAACAAAUCAGACACCAGGUCUAAAUAUAAUUACAGAGUAUAUUAUUGGGUAUCUGUAUCCAGGGCGUCCUGUCGCUAACAUGUGCUUUAAAGUGUAUGGAUACAUAAGCAUGAACCAGGCUCUUACGUUUCUCAUGGACUUCAAGCUUGGCCAAUACAUGAAGAUUCCACCUAGGGCAAUGUUUAUGGCUCAAGUGUUGGGAUGUGUCAUAUCAGCAAUUGUAUACCAAUGUACUGCUUGGUGGAUGAUGACAACAAUUCCCAAUCUUUGUGAUAGAUCAGUUCUGCCUCCUGACAGCCAGUGGACAUGUCCAAUGGAUCACGUGUUCUAUGAUGCUUCCGUUAUCUGGGGACUGGUUGGGCCUCAAAGAAUCUUCGGAAACCUUGGUCACUACAGUAAAAUCAAUCUGUUCUUUGCUGCUGGAGCCACUGCCCCACUUGUAAUCUGGUUGGUGCAGAAAGCUGUACCGAAGCAGAGAUGGAUUUCCCUCAUUAACAUGCCAGUUUUAUUAGGCGCCACGGCAAUGAUGCCACCAGCUUCCUCUGUAAACUACACCAGUUGGCUCAUUGUGGCUUUUUUUUCAGGUUUUGUUGUCUUUAGGUGGCGGCCAAAGUUGUGGGAGCGCUAUAAUUAUGUCCUCUCUGGUGGUCUUGACGCAGGAACUGCCUUUAUGGCGGUUUUGUUAUUUGCUACACUGCAAUAUAAGAAUAUUACAGUUGAGUGGUGGGGAAACACCCCAGAUCAGGGAUGCUCUCUGGCUACUUGUCCAACUGCUAAAGGGAUCAUUGUUGAAGGAUGCCCUGUUUUUUAAUUAUUCAGGUUCCUCAGACACGGUAUCUUUCAGUCAAAUUAUUUGGUUCACGUGCAAUUAAGAUUUAGGAGUUCAGACCUUGUUUAUUUCUUGAAAUUUAACUAUGAAGCUGCAAGUAGAAUGAUUUUUGCUGGUUUUACUUCUGGUAUUUAAGUCUCUUAACAGCCAAACAUGCUAUCAGAUUUUGUAGUAUAAAGAUAAAACCGCGCUUAUAUUACUACAUUGCAGCAAGUUCAUUCCACUACAGUGUGAGGAGUGAACAUAAUGUAAGACAUUGAUUUUCCCUCUGUAAAGUAUUAAGAAUCAUAUUUCCUAGAAUGAAUUCAGAAAA